GCUCCUCCUCCAUACGCACACGCACGCGGCACGCCCAGCCCUCCCCUGCUUCCGAGGCGCUCGCCCGAGGCAGGCGAGAUCCACCUGCUCCCCGCCGCCGCGCCGCAGCAGCCAUCCCCCGUCGUUCCCUGCUCGCCUCCGAGUCCCGGCUCGGCGCGAGCAGAGACGGUGUCUUUUGGUGCCGUGUCUUGGUCCCCAGCCCAAGAUUCGGCUGUGAAAGGAAGGUGAUAAGGCGGGGGCGCCCAAGAAUUGGCAAUAACUGCUGGAUUGGAGCUGGGGGCGCUCAAUUCCGCGUCGGGUUGGGAUUCCUCCCGAUUUCUUGCCAAUUCGGGGGCCUCAUUGGACGCGCGAGUCGCGUUCAUAUAGCGCAUUAGCAGCGCGCAAGGUGGCAUCUUGUCCUCCGCGGGUGGGAGAACUUGUCACCGUGCUGCCGAUGCAUUGAGUGGACGCGAGGCGAUUCCCUGGAGUUCUUGGUGGAUUUUGACGUGUGUGGGCGAAGAUGCUUCUUCUUAGGGAGGUUCUUUGAUCGCGCCGGUCCAUGCUCGAUGGUGUGCAAGGCGGCAAUGGGGAUCAAGGCGGCGGACAAGCUCAGGUGCCCGUCGGUGGCCGCUGUGGCGCGGUCGCGCUUGACGCCGUGGAUGCUGCGCGCCACAAUGACGGUGGUGCUCUGGACGUGCGUCUUGCAGUUCAUGGCCGCAGGGAACACUUGGGGGCCCCGCGUUCUGAAGGGGUGGCCGUCGUGCCGGACGGCGCGGGAGGCCGCCGCGGUCACCACCACGCGGCUUGCAAUGCCAGACCCUGUCGUGGAGAAGACCGCGCUGCCGCCAAAGAGAAUUUAUAGAAACAAUGGUUAUUUGAUGGUUUCAUGCAAUGGUGGGCUUAACCAAAUGCGGGCCGCUAUAUGUGAUAUGGUUGUCAUUGCAAGAUAUUUGAAUGUGACUUUAAUAGUGCCCGAGUUAGAUAAGACAUCAUUUUGGAAUGACCCGAGUGAAUUUCAGGAUAUAUUCGAUGUUGAACAUUUUAUAACCUCUCUUAGAGACGAGGUUCGUAUACUUAGAGAACUGCCACCGAGGGUAAAGCGAAGAGUGGAAUUAGGAAGGUUUCACUCAAUGCCUCCUAUUAGUUGGUCCGAUAUCUCCUAUUACCAUAAGCAGAUUCUUCCUUUGAUUCGGAAAUACAAGGUUCUCCAUCUGAAUAGAACUGAUGCUAGGCUGGCAAAUAAUGGUCUACCUCUGGAGAUCCAGAGAUUGCGUUGCCGGGUGAAUUAUGCUGCACUCAAAUUUACGUCCCAAAUUGAGGAGUUAGGCAGGCGAGUAAUUAGAAUGCUCCGCCAAAAUGGCCCCUUCUUGGUUCUUCAUUUACGAUAUGAGAUGGAUAUGCUUGCUUUCUCUGGCUGUACUGAAGGUUGCACUCCUAAAGAAGCCAAGGAGCUUACAAGAAUGAGGUAUGCUUACCCAUGGUGGAAAGAGAAAGUAAUAAACUCUAUUGCGAAAAGAAAAGAUGGCCUUUGCCCUUUGACGCCAGAGGAGAUUGCUCUUGUCCUUAGAGCUUUGGAUAUUGACAGAAGUAUGCAAAUAUAUAUAGCAGCUGGAGAGAUAUAUGGUGGAAAACGCAGAAUGGCUUCUCUUACUUCAGCUUAUCCUAACGUGGUGCGAAAAGAGACACUUUUGGAACCUUCUGAUCUCAUGCUCUUUCAGAACCAUUCAUCACAAAUGGCAGCACUGGAUUACUUGGUAUCACUGGAAAGUGAUAUAUUUGUUCCAACAUAUGAUGGCAACAUGGCUAAAGUUGUGGAAGGCCAUCGCAGGUACAUGGGCUUCAAGAAAACAAUCCUGCUGGAUCGAAAACUCACUGUUGAGCUGGUAGAUCAGUAUAAUAGUGGAUCUUUGCGGUGGGAUGAGUUCUCUUCAUUGAUCAAGGGCGUCCAUGAAAACCGGAUGGGAUCAGCGGCAGCUAGGACAGUGAUCCCUGACAGACCCAAGGAAGAGGACUACUUCUACGCCAACCCUCAAGAAUGCACGCGAGAUCCCAAUCUGUUGCGAACAUCGUGAUCUUGUCAGCACUCUUAUCAUUCUUUCUGUAACUUGGCAUGGCUGAACCUAGAAGAUGAUCCAUCUUUUCUUCCGAGCCCCUCAAUUGAAGAGGCAUGCUAAUAUGCUAGUAUUUGCUAGUAGUUGAGAGCCAUGGAGAAGGCCUGUGACAGGGUCAAGAAAGGACGGAUACCCGACUUGAAUGUAGCUGGUAGUACAUAGGUAGACAUUAUACUGGAAUGGAGAGGCAAAUCUGCUGACUACACCAACAAAUGCAGAGCUGCUUAUUCAUGUA